AUGCAGAUCUUCGUCAAGACCCUUACGGGUAAGACUAUCACCCUCGAGGUGGAGUCUUCGGACACCAUUGACAAUGUCAAGUCCAAGAUCCAGGACAAGGAGGGAAUCCCCCCCGACCAGCAGCGUCUGAUCUUCGCUGGCAAGCAGCUCGAGGACGGCCGUACCCUCUCUGACUACAACAUCCAGAAGGAGUCGACCCUGCACCUCGUGCUCCGUCUGCGUGGUGGUGCCAAGAAGCGCAAGAAGAAGGUCUACACCACCCCCAAGAAGAUCAAGCACAAGCGCAAGAAGACCAAGCUCGCUGUCCUCAAGUACUACAAGGUUGACGGCGAUGGCAAGAUCGAGCGUCUCCGCCGCGAGUGCCCCUCCCCCGAGUGCGGUGCUGGUAUCUUCAUGGCUGCUAUGCACAACCGUCAGUACUGCGGCAAGUGCCACCUCACCUACGUCUUUGACGAGUCCAAGUAA